GACAGACCGACCGACCGACCGACCUCCGUUGGGUUGGCGAUGCCUCUCCUCCGGGCAAGGAAGGCAGCCUGAGCCCCGGGGGAGGAAGAGAGAGAAAGACACACAGAGAGAGCGCGCCGCCUCCCCUUCGCCUUGCCUUGCCUUGCUCUGCCCCCCAUAUCUCCCCCCCCCCCUCCCGGUGACUUCUCUCGCCUCCCACCUCCGCCCCUUUUUCGCCUUUUCUCUCCCCCCUCCAAAAAAAAAAUUGGCCGGGGAUGCGUCUGUUCUUAUCUGGCUCGAACUUCUCCCAGGAGCAGCGGGACUCUAGGUUAUGGGCAAGUCAGAAAGUCAGAUGGAUAUAACUGAAAUGAACUCUCCAAAACAAAAGAAAAAACAGCGAUGGAGCGCUCUGGAAAUAGGGCUAACUGUUGUAGUGAUUCUCCUUGCAAUUGUGGCUAUCACAAUGAUCGUUCUGUAUGCUACCUAUGACGACGGUAUCUGUAAAACAUCUGAUUGCAUAAAAUCAGCUGCCCGAAUAAUUGCUGACAUGGAUCCAACAGCAGAACCUUGUGAAAAUUUCUAUCAGUUUGCUUGCGGAGGAUGGUUAAAGAAGAACAUCAUCCCAGAAACAAGUUCCCGUUAUAGUAACUUUGACAUUUUAAGAGAUGAGCUAGAAGUUGUUUUGAAAGACGUCCUCGACAAGGAAAACAAUGAUGAUAUAGAAGCUGUUAAGAAAGCAAAAAUGCUCUACAGAUCUUGCAUAAAUGAGACAACUAUUGAUAGCAGAGGAGGGAAACCACUCAUCAACAUAAUGAGAACUUUUUCGGACUGGCCUGUGGCAUUGGAUACCUGGGACCGUGAUUAUGGUGCCUCGUGGACAGCUGAAAAAUCAAUUGCAGAGCUAAACUAUCAGUAUGGGAAAAGGGUCAUCAUUAAUGUCUUUGUUGGUACAGAUGAUAAGAAUUCUACGCAACAUAUAAUUCAUAUAGAUCAACCUUCGCUUGGACUCCCUUCCCGUGAUUACUAUGAAUGCACUGGAGUUUACAAGGAGGCAUGCUCAGCCUAUGUUGAUUUUAUGAUUUCCGUAGCAAAGCUGAUCCGCCAAGAAAGAAACCUUACCAUCAACGAGCCAGAAAUUGCUGCAGAAAUGAGAAGAGUAAUGGCUCUGGAGACAGAGAUUGCAAAUGCUACCACCAAAGCUGAUGACAGAACCGACCCCCUUUUACUGUAUAACAAAAUGACACUCGAGGAUAUCCAGAAGAAUUUCUCUUUGGAAUUCGAUCACAAGCAAUUCAGCUGGCCAAUAUUCUUCAAUAAUAUUAUGUCAGUAGUGAAAAUUGACAUUGAAAAUACAGAAAAUGUGAUUGUUUGUGCUCCAGAAUAUCUAAUCAAGCUAGAAUCUAUCCUUAAUAAAUACACAGCCAGAGACAUUCAAAACUACAUGAGCUGGCGAUACAUAAUGGAAAUGGUAAACAGUCUGAGCCGUGAAUACAAGGACACAAGGAAUAAUUUCCGUAAGGUGCUGUAUGGUACAACAUCAGACACUGCUGUUUGGCGACGUUGUGCAAAUUACGUCAAUGGCAAUCUGGAAAAUGCUGUGGGGAGACUGUAUGUAACAGAAGCAUUUGCUGGAGAAAGUAAGAAAAUGGUUCAAGAUAUGAUUACACAAAUCCGUGAAGUUUUUAUACAUACACUGGAAGAACUCACUUGGAUGGAUGCAGAAACCAAAAAGAAAGCAGAAGAAAAGGCUCUAGCAAUUAAAGAAAGAAUUGGCUAUCCUAAUGAGAUCAUAAUAGACACUGCAAAGCUGAAUGCAGAAUACAAAGAUUUGAACUACAAAGAAGAAGAAUAUUUUGAAAAUAUGGUGGAGAACUUAAAGUUUGCCCAAAAGGAAAGGCUGAAGAAGCUCAGAGAAAAAGUCGACAAGGAAGAGUGGAUAAGUGGAGCAGCUGUAGUGAAUGCCUUUUAUUCAGCAAACAGAAAUCAGAUUGUUUUUCCUGCAGGAAUUUUGCAACCGCCUUUCUUUAGUGCAGCCCAGCCUAAAUCUUUGAAUUUUGGUGGCAUCGGCAUGGUCAUUGGCCAUGAAAUCACACACGGCUUUGAUGACAAUGGUAGAAAUUUUAAUGCAGAUGGAGACCUAGUAGACUGGUGGAGUCAAGAAUCUGCAAACAAUUUUAAGAAACAGUCCGAGUGUGUGGUAUACCAAUACGGAAAUUUCUCGUGGGAUCUGGCUGGUGGACAACACCUCAGUGGAGUCAAUACUCUUGGGGAAAACAUCGCCGAUAAUGGUGGCAUUAGACAAGCAUACAGGGCUUAUGAGAACUUUGCCAAAAAGAAUGGGAAAGAGAAACUCCUUCCUGGGCUUGACUUCAACCAUAAGCAGCUGUUCUUCCUGAACUUUGCACAGAUAUGGUGUGGAACAUACAGACCGGAAUAUGCUGUCAACUCUAUUAAAACAGAUUCCCACAGUCCUGGCAAGUUCAGGGUUCUGGGAACAUUACAAAACACGGCAGAGUUUUCCGAGGCCUUCAAAUGUGCCAACACGCAAUACAUGGAUCCUGCAAAAAAGUGCCGAGUUUGGUGACAGGGUUACCAAGAAAAAAGAAAUUUCCAGGAAUCUGGUGUGGUUUGAAAGCUGCCAGGAGAUUUGCUGCAAAAGGAACAAUAACAGAAACUGAUCAAAUGCACUAAAGCAAUGCAGUCUCCAAAAGAAAAAGAAAAAAAAGAACUAAAUACCUUGCUAAGGCAGUCACUGCCAACCAUUACAUGGACUCAACUUGGGAAAUGCUAAAAGGCUGAAUACCUAAAGUCUCUUCAUUUUUAAAAAAUAAUGAAACAAUUUAUUUCUGAUUUUCACUCAGUCUGCUGAUUUUAUUUAAUAUUUCAACCAGAUCACCCAGACAUUAGCUUGAAAACAUAUUGAACCAUUAGAAGUGUGCUUAGACUUAACAAUCUGCUGUCCUAUAAAUUUUGUUUAUUUAUAGUCAGAUGAUAGAGGGGGGUUUCAAGUAACACAGUAGCUUGGAUGUGAAAUAUUGUGAUGAGUUAAGGAGGCCAUGACUGAGUAGGUGGGGUUCUUUAAUAUCUCCCAUUUAUGGCUCCCAAAAGCUUUUCCAAUAUCUUGUUUUUCAGAGGUGGACUUAGGAAAAAGAAAAAUUUAGGAGCCCUAUGACAAGACUGAUCAAGCUUAACCAACUUAGAAACCUAUUUGCAUCCAGACAUUUUCAUACAGUAACACCGAUGACAUUAGCUGCAGUAAGAAGUAGCUAGUCCUGAAUAAAAACUGGUGACUCCAUUUGCCAUGACCAUCCCUGUUCUCAACAGAAGAUGUGCAAGAUCAGUAGUACAUGAUGGAGUAGUACAAUAACGAUGGAGGUGUGCAACCAGAUACAAUUCAGUUUUUUGCAGGAUUUGGUGUAUGUAUAAUUGGCUCUGGCCCAGUUUUGGCUGAAGUAUUGCCACCCAACAGGCCUUGAUUUCCCCCAUUUCUGCUGCUUUUUAUCUUACAGGGGAACAGCUUCACAGGACAGACUUUCUCCCUCUGCCUCCAUGAAAUAUUGCAUAUGGGAGUCUAGUCUGUGCAAAACACCUACCCCACAUCCUGUGCACUGUCUCUUAAGGCUUUCCCUGUUUCAUUUUUAUUUGAAGUCAUUUUUUAAAGAACAAUCCAAAGACGAAUUGUAACCUACUUAAGAGAUUAAUGAUUGACCAAAAUUACUAUGUGCUGCUUUCCAGUCAAAAUGAUACUGUAGAUAAUUUAUUACUGUUUUUAGCAUAUGUUGUAUUCAAUCCAGAUGUAAUCAAAAAUUCAUGUUUUUUUCUAGGAUUAUCCUGCUUUAUUUCAAAUCUUGUGCUUUUUUUUAAAGGAAAAAUUUGUAAUAAUAUAUAAGAUUAUAAGAUCAUACUUUUUAUAUUUAAUUCUGAGCUAUACCAGACAUGAACUGUUAUAUAUUAUUACAAUUGGUAUAUAUCAUUGGUGUGUCAGGAUCAUUCUGAACACAGAAGUCUCUAUCAAUUGGAGGUACAGACGGGUGAAAUGAUUUUGAAAUAAACUGCUAGAAGGCCAGUUCUACAACUACUGGGACCUACGCACCUAAUGUGAAUGAUGUUUAUAAUUCCUCUGAAUCAGCAAGACCUUUUGCUUCAGUAAUAAUAUUACUAUCGUAGUGUUUGCAUAUCUGGACUCUUAGUAGUAUGAAGUCUUUUGAAAUCUGCUAUAAUAAUUUUAAGUGCUCUCCCACAGGUGGCCUAGGAACAUAUUGCUUCUGGUAUUGAAGCACAGAGAAAUUUCCAAAUAAAAUAAAUAAAUACCAGAUACCUCGGAUGACUUAGAUGGGUCUAUUUCUGUGCAUUUAAAGAAUCUAUGUGCAUUUUACUUUACAAAUUUGUCAUUGGAUGAAGCAUUUUAUAAUUAAAUGGAAUCCACAUUUCUUAUUGUCUA